AUGCCUGCAGGUUUUCCAUCGCGUUUCGUCAGCGUCGAUACAGCCAGACGCUCUCAGGGGUUUCACAAUUUGAUCGGCGUGAUUGUUGAUUGCAUGCCCAAGACUCGUUCGGCAGGGAGUUCUUUUGUCGCCACAUUUACGAUCAAAGAUACGGAUUUUGGACCAGGAAAUGAUUCAUGGAAAGGGUUGAAGAUCAAAUAUUUCAAUGAUGACGAGCACCGGCUACCCGAUGUCAAAGUUAACGAUGUUAUCCUUUUGCGUCGACUCAGAGUACGGCAAUUUCACGGGUUAUUGACUGGGGUUGUGGGAAAUACAGACAAUGUCUCAUGGGCAAUCUUCCGCCGACUCGAAGGACCGGGAUCCUUGAUGCCAGUGUGCAGCCCCGGAUCAAAGGCUCUCAGUGUUGAAGAGCAGGCAUACGCAAAUACCCUUGUAGAAAGUGUCAUUCACUUCAGUUCGACCGCUUCGGUCACUUCCUCAACAAGAAGAAAAGGCCAUGCGAAAUCUUCAACCCCAAACGAAUACAGAAAACAGGCUAUUGCUAAGCCUAAAGACAAAUUUUCUCUGAUCAAGGACUUGUCCGCGCACACUUUUGCCGAUCUUGCUGUGCAUGUAGUCAAGAUGUUUUAUCUGGACGAAAGAGUCCAUCUUUACGUCACAGACUACACCGUGAACAAAUCUCUUUUUGAUUAUGGUGACCAGUCAGACGAAGAAAAUGAAGGCGGGGAUGAUGACACAUUCGGAUUUCUGACGCGGCCUACUCGUGAAAAGAGAGCAUGGCAGGGGCCUAGGGGCCGGAUGACGCUGCAGGUCACACUGUGGGAUCCUCAUUCGUACUAUGCACGAGAAAAUGUCACUGAAGAUGUCUAUAUCCUCCUGCGGAACGUCCAUGUGAAGGCCGACAAAAUGAACGGUCUUCUUGAGGGCGUCAUGCAUACCGAUAAAAUGUAUCCGGAACAGGUUGACAUCAGAGUCCUUGAUGAGGACCACCAAGAUGAUCCGCGUAUUGUCGAACUCAAGACAAGAAAGCGUGAAUACUGGAAACAAAACAGGAUGAACAAGAGGAAGCUCGCUGAGGACUUCGGCGAUGGCGAUGACGGAAAUCCGAAGAAGAAUUCAAAGCAGAGACGAAAGGAGCUACAGCGGCAAAAGAAGCAGCAAGAGCAACGGAAACAGCAGCAGCAAGCCAAGUCUCUACAGAGAGAAGAGGGUCAGACUGAGAUUCCCUCCACAAUGAACAAGUCAACACGACCAAAUCCGCAUAUACAAGCACAAGACCCGGCUAGAGGUUGCCGGAAAAUAUCAGAAAUUCUACCAAAUGAAAGCCAUAUCAUAUCACUACCUGACAAUGUACAAUAUCGCCUACCUUUCCAAUGUGUUAAAUACCGCUCUACCGUUCGAGUCGUCGAUUAUUACCCUCCUAACAUUGCUGACUUUUCCGUGCCAUACCUUCCCGACUGGUCCCGCGCGUACUCUAGCGAUGACGAAGAUGAAAUUACAUCCGAAACGCCAGGGGUUAGAUGGCAAUGGCGCUUUUGCCUUCUCGUGGAAGACGCCCAGAUCUUACCUGGCCAGCCUCGGGAGCGAAUAAAGUUGUUCGUCAGUGGAAGUGAUGCUGAGUUUUUGCUCAAACUUGAUGCUUCAGAGUGA